AUGACCGUCACUCCUCCUCCCCACGGUCCGGCCAUCAACCAGGCUGUUCAGGACGGUAACACCCAAUUGGCGGACGAACUCAAGGCCAACCACCAAGCACUGUUCCAAAAAUGCAAGGAAGAAGCCGAGCAACAUGGGCUCAUGUCCAAGCCGACUGCAGAGCAACGGGAGGCCUCAGCAAAGGCGUUCCAGCAACACGACCAAGAAGAAUCCACCUCGGCCGACGACGUCCAAGCUGAGCUAAAGCAAGCCGCAGACGACUUGCACAAAGCUAACGAGGCCGGCAAUGAAGAUCUCGCCCACGAGCUCCGCGCUAAGAUUGAGAAGCUGCGGCACCAGUCGCCCGGGAGCGGAGCGACUGGCAUCCACUCCAAACUGUCAGGCGGCACGGAAUUGUGGAUCGAGAUUCACAACUGUCGCCCCGGGGCCACUCUCUACAACGCUCACAGCUGGGAUGAUGUGGUCGGAGACUGGAAAUCGGGAUCAGCCGGGAAUUACGGGUACGGAGACGUGUGCUAUCUGCACAUGAAAGGGGACUGGUCGGUUAGCUGUCGGGCCUACUGGUAUUGGAGUGACGGGAGUGGCCGUGCCUCCUGCUAUUGGGCAUACGGAGGUACACCUGUCGGACUCUCCUCCGGCCAGGGCAUGCAGGUUGCGUCGGAGUGGAACGACGGUGGUAGCUCCUACCAUACCUGGGACGGGCGCAUUGUGCGGUUCUAUCUCAGCUAAGUAUCUAACUUGAUGGAAUAUCUCAUGCGCUUGUGGGCGAAUUUAUUGAUACUUGUUUGAGAAAUGUUGUGAUAAUGAACAACCGCACUAGGGGAACAUUGCGUGGUACACUUAGCGGACGCCUAAUGAUCUCAUUGGGGCCUCAUGAAGACGCCAGCGAGCGCGCUGUCCAGCCUAUCUGCCCUAUAAUUAACUCCAGGUUAUUGUAAAGCACUAUCAAUACAGUGGGC